CUCAGGAAAAAAAAAAUCAUUUUUGAAGACAAUCCCCUCACACAUUCCCACAGAUUAAUUAUAUAUUUUUAAAUUCACAGAUCAAGGCGAUCUUAGGACACAACGAUUUUUAUUUUUUAUUUUUCACCUGAACGGAGGGAUUUGAAACAGAUUAGGAGGGUUAAUGGAUCGAUAUGAUCAACUGGAUCUGGACUUGGAGUGCGAAGAUGGAGGAUCUGUCGCUCAUAAAACGAUGUUGUUCGGUGGGGUUUUCAGGAAAUCAUCCAAGACUGCACAACCAUCAGCAAAAGCACAGGAGACUUCAAUUUCCUCACAUCACCCCGAAUUAUCUGCCAGUAGUGACAGCUUAAAAGAGAAUAAACCAUCAAAGGAUAAAUCAGGAAUGUUUGGUGGAAUACUGAGGCGGUUGCCCCGACCAGGACACACCCGCAGGCCGUCUCAGGAUCUCCUGGACUUUUCAGCUGAUGAUGAAAACCAUUCUGAAAGCAACAACACGAAGGAGGCAGCACUGAAGGAAGAUUUGUCUGUACAAAGCGAGCUCUCAAAAAGCAACGACAGUCUUUCCAAGACAAAAGAGUCAAGCGGGUUUGGUGCCAUCUUUAAAAACCCUUUUGGAGCAAGAGCGCCAUCUCAGGAGGAUCUAACAGCAGCCAGUGAGGUUUCUGAAAGCAGUGAGAAUCUGUCUGAAAAUCACACAAAGGAAAAAGGAUUCUUUGGUGGCAUGUUCAAGAAAAAAGUCGCAAGGUCUCGGGAUGAUUUAUCUGUGGAUGAGGAACUAUUGGCCAGCAAUGAUCAUCUCUCAGAGAAACCUUCAAAGGGUGGAGUAGCGGCGAAGAUCCUGAAGAAUCCCUUCACCUCGUUGGCUCAGAAAAAGGAAAAAUCAGAAAACGUUGGAGAUCCAGAUGAAAUCAGCUCUACUGCACCGAAACCUAAAACUGAAAAAAGUGGUUUCAGUGCGGUGAUGAAGAGCACCUUCUACAGCGAGAAACAGAAGGACACAGAGGACGCGGAGACUUCUGCGGAGACCGGGAAGCAGUCGGAAAACAAGGCGGAUCUGGUCAAGAGUAAUUUGAUCCAGACAGAAAGGAAGGAAAAGGGUGAAACUCCUCCAGUCCUGCGCAGACCAAGAGCAGAGGCAAUGAGGACGACAUCCAUGCAUGAGAUGGAAAAACCAAAACCAGAGGAGAAGAAGGAAAAACUCCCUCGAGAGAAGAAGGGAAAAUCUUUGGACCCUCCCGUCGUCCCACCCAGACCGUCAGACGAGGAAAUGAGCAAAACUGUCAGACAUGGCAAGAAAGACAAGCAAGAGAGCCAAUCAGGAGAUGGAGCCAACGGAGAAGAAUCAAAUGGGACCAAAGACAAACCAGCCAAGGUAAAAAAACAGAAGGAUAAUCAUGGACUCAUGCCACAAAUUGGAUUCAAGGCUGAGUCUGAUGAAGGUAUGAAAGAUGAAGAGUCUUUACCCAAAGAGGAAGAUAAAGAUGAGGACAAAGAGAAACCAGAAAAGUCCAAAGUGAAAACGCUAAAGAAACGCAAUCCCUUUAUGCCCCGGGUCAAGGGUGCGUCUGACGAUGAAGGGCUGAAGGAUGAAGAUGAGUCAUCGUCUAAAGAGGAAAUUAAAGAUGAUGACAAGGAAAAACCAGAAAAGGCUGCAUCUGACGAUGAGGGACUAAAAGACGAAGAACAGUCUUCAAUUAAAGAAGAUGGGGACAAGGAGAACAAGCCCAAAGUCAAAAAACCAAAGAAGCCCAACCCUUUCAUGCCUCGGAUGAAGGCCAAAGUCAUUCAGAAGAACAGACCAGAUGGAGCUGCAGCAGAGAAUGAAGAACCCCAAAGGUCUUUGUUUGACCAGCUGGAGGAUUUACGUAUGGAGCCCUCAAGACCAGAUGAAGGCCAGGAUGUGGAGGAUCUCAUGGACUGGUGGAACACUGUUGAACCUUGGGAAGACACGCCUCAAGAUGACGACAUGACAGAAAAGGAAGAGGCCAAGGCCUUCGCUGUAACUGCAGAUAAGGUCCAGAAGGGAAUCCGAGUUUUCAACAAGCUGUUCUCUGAGCGAGCCGAGAGCCUCUGGCAGCACGUCAUCGACCUCAACGCCAUCGCAGACGGCCUGGACAAAUUCAACAAGAAGACAAAGAUCGCUCAGAUCACCGGCGGCUCCACCAGCGCCAUCGGAGGUGUCGCCACCAUCGCCGGCCUCGCCCUGGCUCCGGUCACCCUGGGAACCUCCCUGAUUGUUACAGCUGUAGGUUUAGGAGUCGCCACAGCUGGUGGGUUAACUUCGGCCGGCGCCGGCAUCUCCAACCAGGUCAACAACUCUUUGGACCGCAAGAAGGUGGAGAAGAUUGUCGAGGACUACCAGGAGAAGAUUGCUGACCUCAAUAAGUGCCUGAAGUUCAUCAAGCAGGGAAUAGAGAACCUGCGCAAGUUCGACCUGAUCAAGAUGAAGAAAAGCGCGUACAACCAGGACUUCCCCACGCUCACCAGUCAGUUCUACGAGGACGGCGCCAUGGCAGGGAAGGCCAUCCUCAUCAACGCCAACGAGAUCAUGCGUGUGGUGCAGAUCGCCAACGUGGCGGGCAGCACGGCCGCCAGGGCGGUCCAGAUCGCCAGCAUGGCCACUGGCGUCCUCACGGGGCUCUUUGUCGGUAUGGACAUCUACUUCGUAGCUAAAGACUCUAAGGAGCUGAAGAAAGGGGCAAAAUCAGAGUUUGCAGCCAAAAUCAGGGAGGUGGCCACACAGCUGCAUGACGGGCUGGUGGAGCUGAACACCAUCCGGGAGGAGCUGCACAGCACCACACCAGACUGCAAAGAGGGCAAUCGCGAAAAGAAAGAGACAAGAGAGAAACAUAAGAGUUCAGAUGAGGAUAAGAUUGACCGGAUUAAAAAAGCUAUAAAAAAAGGACCUUGAGAGCCGGAAAUAUGUCUGACUCCAGCAGGCUGUUUUGGGGUGCCGCUUCCAAAUGUUACAGUAAGAAAUUAACAACAAUAUUUUUGGUUUAUUGAGCCUGUCAGAGGAAAAAAAUCAGGGAUUAAAUUUUCAAAGUCAUAUUUUAACAGUUUUAUUCUACAUUUAAAUAAUAUAGUUACAAACUAAAUAUUGAAUUAGGCUAAAUACUUAGUUUACAAAUUAGAUGCUAAUUAACUGAUGAAACAUUUAGCUUGCUAGUUAAAUAUAUAGUUAGUACACUAGCCUGAUCUGCUAACUAAAUAUUCAGGUUGCUAGCUAACUAUUUUAGCUAGCAGGUUAACUGAAUGUUAGCUAGCCUGCUAAAUAUUUAGGUAAAUACUUAGCUAGCAAGAUAAACAUUUUGUUAGCUGGUCAGGCUGGUGUGCUAGCUAGAUAUUUGGGUAGAAAGCUAAAUACUUAAUUUUGAAAUAUCUUGCUACCUAAAUAUUUAGUUGGCACAGUAGCCUGGUUUCUAAAAGAAUAUUUAGCAUGCUGACUAAAUAUUUUUGGUCCAAGUUAAAU